AUGAUCUGCUCUGUAAAUGCCACAGUGUGCAACGGAAUGUCUUGCUUGGUGCCAAGAAGUAAUUAUAAUGAUAUUCUGAGCUUGGCUUUAAGUACUGUGUUAACAGUUCUGCUGGCCAUGGUGAUGUUCUCUAUGGGCUGUACUGUGGAGGCAACAAAGCUAUGGGGACAUAUCAAGAGACCGUGGGGUAUCUUUGUAGGGUUCCUGGGCCAAUUUGGCAUUAUGCCUCUUGCAGCCUUUCUGUUGUCACUUGCCUUCCAAGUUCAGCCGAUUCAAGCAAUAGCAGUUAUGAUAAUGGGUUGCUGUCCUGGUGGAACAGGGUCCAACAUUAUUUCAUAUUGGGUGGAUGGAGAUAUGGAUCUCAGUAUAAGCAUGACAGCAUGUUCUACAAUUCUGGCAAUGGGGAUGAUGCCAUUAUGUCUUUUUAUCUACACUAAAAUGUGGACUGAUACAGAUGCAAUCCAAAUACCAUAUGACAGCAUAGGUAUUACAUUAGUUACCCUCCUUAUUCCAGUUGGAUUAGGAAUUUAUGUGAAGCACAAGUGGCCAAAAAAGGCAAAGACCAUACUUAAGUUUGGUUCUAUAGCUGGGGCAAUAUUGAUAGCAGGCAUUGCCAUAGUUGGAGGAGUGUUGUAUCAGUCUUCCUGGGUCAUUUCUCCUUCACUAUGGAUUAUUGGAGUAAUAUAUCCAGCUGUUGGAUUUGCUUUUGGAUUCUUUCUGGCAAGAUUAGUUGGACAGCCAUAUUACAGAUGUCGUACCAUAGCCAUAGAGACUGGUUUCCAGAAUUCUCAGUUAUGUAGCACCAUUGUCCAGCUAUCCUUUAGUCCUGAAGAGUUGGAAGUGAUGUUCAGUUUCCCACUAAUCUAUAGUAUUUUCCAGAUGGCAUUUGCAGCUUUGAUAAUUGCUGGUUAUCAGAUUUACAAGAAACGUUGUUCCAGUGAUGAGGAUGAAGACUUGGAGAAAGAAAAAAUACAGGAUGCAAUACCAUCAUCAUAUGGCGUAAAGAACGAAGGAUUUCAUAUUGAAGACAAUGUUGUAGAUGGCAAGCACACCCGGCUGUGAAUCAAACUGAAGUAAAGCAAUUCAUGCUGAUUCAGUGCUGGGAUGCAUUUUUACUUCAAAAACCUAUAUUCCAUUUGUUAUAUUAAAGCACUAUUGUAUUGUAAUAUGAGAGACAAGUGACCUGGACAAUCUGGGUCUGUUGGAACUGGGCUAGUGUUCAGCACCAAAUGGGUGUAAUGAGGAAGUCAUAAUAUACAGUAUGUAACUGGAUAUUUCAUUUAAACAUAUUAAGCAUUGUUAUGUAUGACUGGUUUAACAUACAAUAAUCCGUUGCGUAUCCAAAUGCAGCAAGACCAGAGUAAGGGUGGAUAUAUAAAAAG